AUGGAAGAGAAAAGCAAGAAGAAAAAGCGCCAUUUGAUGCUGGUGUUCUAUUGGGUGAAGAAGCAGGUCCUGGAUAAGAAAUUAUGCCCCGCACCUUCCAAUUCUUAUAUGCCUUCCUCUACUUGCAAGGACCCCCACGUUUCGCCCUACUUUACCCGGAGCAAGGCAAAGCCCCCUCAUCCCAGGAGAAGCACCAGGCAUAAAGUCCUACCUCUACAGAAAGCAACCACGUAUUCAAUACCUUCAAAAUCUGUCCUUGUCCGGAAGAAAGCCUACAGACGCUACAAGCAAAGGAGACAGAAGAAAGCAAAGAGAGAGGAAACAAGUGUCAAGGAAUCAAGAUCUGAUUGCCCCCUAGACAAAGAAGAACUAGGAAGAAGUUCAUGGUCAUUUCUACACACGAUGGCAGCGUUUUAUCCUGACCGGCCCAGUAAAAUCCAGCAGCAAGAAAUGAUACAGUUUAUCCAAUUAUUUUCUAAAGUUUUUCCUUGUGAUGAAUGUGGAGAAGAUUUCAGAAAUAGAAUACGAAAAAAUCAGCCCGAUGCCAGCAACAGACGUAAUCUGACGCAGUGGUUUUGCCGGAUUCAUAAUGAGGUAAAUAAGAAGCUGGGGAAGCCUGAAUUUGACUGCUCUCUUGUAGACCAGCGAUGGCGAGAUGGAUGGAAGGAUGGAUCCUGUGAUUAGAUCUGCUGGAUAUUUUUCCAACUUGAUUAAAAAAAUCAACAAAAGACCACAAAAUCAAUGCUAUUAUAGAUCUUUCCUAGAGACAAAAUUGUGCAUUUGCAUUAAUGGACAUGAUGGAAACAGGCAGAAGGGUUUCUCUGUUUCUGGUUUUGAAAACUGAGUAUUGAAUGCAUCUCUGUAAUAAUUUUUAUAUGAAGCCUCUACCUGUUGAUUGUGCUGUUCUCCUGACCACUUGAAUUAUUUCAAAUACCAGCAAAUGCUGCCUUCAAAAAUCUAGACGAUGCUUGAAGAAACCAUUCUGAACAUGAAGACAUUGUGCUUACUCAGCUCAGUGCUGACUUAGUCCCUGGAAGUCUGUAAUAUUCCAUCUGCAACUAUUUAUAGCCUUCCUCUGACCCUAACAUCAUUUUCCUUCAUUUUGUUGCUUGCAUCUUUGUGUUCAACAGAUUUUUCCCCUCUCCUUAAAAUCUAGAAUAUUCAAUUCUAUUUUUUUAAAAGUGCUACAGUAUAAAUUAUUAAAAAAACUAUGCCUGCUUACAUUUCUGCAGCAUAUACACAGUAGGAAAAGGUCUUGUUUUAAGCUGUGAGCAAUGGGUAUUUUCUUUCCAUUUUUCUCUCUGGCCAGACUUAGCAAAAGAGGACAAUCCAGAUUAGAUUACUUUCGAUUAAUGAAGUAAGCACAUGGAAAUCAUGAGGGGGGGGGAUCAUGUUAUAUAUCAAAAUACACAGCUCUUAAGAACGGGGGUCUGUGAAGGUUAUGUUUGCUCUACAUAAUGGGAAAUUGCUGAGUUUCCAUUUCAAGUGGAAGUGUUCUUUUUACCUAUCCGAACUUUGUUGUGUCCAAAGUCUCAUGACCUGGAAGUAGGAAAUAAAUGUGUUCUGAGAUACCGCCUUGAAGGUGAAUCAUGUAUUGUGGCAUGAUGUCCUGAGCCAGGCUGACUACAAUAAACUGUCAACAGUUGCCUUAUGAGGAAAGCAGAAGUUUGAAGUGAAGAGAGAUGAAGAAAGGGCACAAACUCUCCCUUACAGCUACAGAAAACUUUCAAGUUGUAUGUUAUACCAUAGCAUGGAAGGUCACAAAUGACAUUCAGAUAUUGUGCAUUAAAGAGAGAAAUAUGGGAAGCUAUUGGCUGUUUAGAGGUAACGAUGACUGUUUAUAUACCAUCAGCUGCUUCUGAGGAGAAAUGUUUGGUUUGUAAGAAUGUAGUUUCCUGUUUUAUCUGAAUAUGGGAGACUUUGGCUUGAACAUACAAUAUUUAACAGAAAAGUUAACUGUGAAUUAUCAAACCUUGUUAACUAUAGUUAUAGAUUGAUGAAUUCAUCUCUGUGUUGGCUAUCCUUUUCAUGACCUAUUAAAUAUAUAGCUUUUGGAGAUCUUACUAGGAAAAGAUGUGUUAACAUGAAUAUUUUCAUUACAUUCACUUUUCAGAGGUGGGCUAAGAUCCAGUUUUAUUUACGCAAGCAAAGCAGGUCCCAUUAAUUAACUCAGAGUGAAUACACAUGCAACUCUGAAAAGCACACUGAAGAAAUGCUCACCCACGCUUUUUUAAAAAAACAGGUCUAAGGUCUUAGUAGGGUAUAUGGCUGCCAUGUUCUCAGAAAAAAAUAAUGCACUGUUAAACCCACUUGUUACUGACUUAUAAACAGAAUGCUUCCAGAUACGAACAGAGCUGCAGGCACCAAGCUGUCUGCCUUUCUUCCUCUAUUUACUGUGAUUCAGUAUCUGGAAACUUACAUCAGAGGAAUAAAAACGCUGGUGACGAAAUGGCAUCUGGUCCUUGUCAGAGAGCGUCUUUCCUUAGAAGCAUUUAAAAGUACAGCCAUGCCCUGUGGCCAAGGAUUUGGCAAGCACUACACAGCUCUACUACUAAAGUCAAAUGGAUUUUUGAUUAAGGAAAAGUCUAACUUUUUGCAUCUAAGAUAAUAAAAAUCAAAUUUCUGUUUAAAAAUGUUUAGUGUGCCUUUUGUUGGUCAAAAACCUUAAUUAUUUGAAUGCAAUUUUAAGUGUUUCUCAGAAUUUUAUGUCUGC